ACCUACAAAUUCUUCCAUCAUCAUGUCUGCACUAGUGAAGAAAGCUGCCACGUCAAAGAAGCCAGCCGAACAUCCCAAGUACAGCGAUAUGAUCGCCGCCGCCAUCGACGCACUGAAGGAACGGAACGGAUCAUCAAGGCAAGCCAUCGUAAAGUACAUCGCAGCUAAUUUCAAAGUUGGGGACUCCGCUGAUGUCCAUGUCAAGCUUGCCCUGAAAAGGGGCGUCGUAGCCGAACAGCUCGUCCAAGUAAAAGGCACCGGAGCCAGUGGAAGCUUCAAGUUGGCCAAGAAGCCGGAGGCGCCCAAGAAAACAGUUGCUAAGAAACCAGCCGCGAAGCCUGCCGCCAAGAAGCCAGUGAAGAAAACUCCCACCAAAGCCACGAAAAAGCCUGCUGCGAAGAAGGCGGCAACGAAGAAACCAGCUGCCAAGAAACCAGUUGCCAAGAAACCUGCCGCCAAGAAGACGCCGACCAAGAAACCGGCUGCCAAGAAACCGGCUGCCAAGAAACCAGCUGCAAAGAAAGUCGCGAAGAAGACAAGAAAAAGUCGCUGUUUGCGACCUACAAAUUCUUCCAUCAUCAUGUCUGCACUAGUGAAGAAAGCUGCCACGUCAAAGAAGCCAGCCGAACAUCCCAAGUACAGCGAUAUGAUCGCCGCCGCCAUCGACGCACUGAAGGAACGGAACGGAUCAUCAAGGCAAGCCAUCGUAAAGUACAUCGCAGCUAAUUUCAAAGUUGGGGACUCCGCUGAUGUCCAUGUCAAGCUUGCCCUGAAAAGGGGCGUCGUAGCCGAACAGCUCGUCCAAGUAAAAGGCACCGGAGCCAGUGGAAGCUUCAAGUUGGCCAAGAAGCCGGAGGCGCCCAAGAAAACAGUUGCUAAGAAACCAGCCGCGAAGCCUGCCGCCAAGAAGCCAGUGAAGAAAACUCCCACCAAAGCCACGAAAAAGCCUGCUGCGAAGAAGGCGGCAACGAAGAAACCAGCUGCCAAGAAACCAGUUGCCAAGAAACCUGCCGCCAAGAAGACGCCGACCAAGAAACCGGCUGCCAAGAAACCGGCUGCCAAGAAACCAGCUGCAAAGAAAGUCGCGAAGAAGUAGGAAG